AUGAGCGUCCUGCUGCCCAACAUGGCGGACUUUGAUACCAUUUACGAGCUGGAAGACGAAGAGGAUGAGCGCGUAGCGAGCGAGGAGCACCUGCCCCGCUGCUGCCCGGAGCCCGUGGUCAUGCGCGGGGCCGGGCACAUCACCGUGUUUGGACUGAGCAACAGAUUUGACACAGAAUUUCCCUCUGUUCUCACGGGAAAGGUAGCACCAGAGGAAUUCAAAACCAGCAUCAGCAGGCUGAAUGCUUGUUUGAAGAAGAACUUGCCUGUGAAUGUGAAGUGGCUUCUUUGUGGCUGCCUGUGUUGUUGCUGUACAGUUGGAUGCAGUCUAUGGCCUGUAAUCUGUCUCAACAAGAGAACAAGACGAUCUAUUCAGAAGCUUUUAGAGUGGGAAAAUAACAGAUUAUACCACAAGCUUGGUUUGCACUGGAAACUCAGUAAAAGAAAAUGUGAAAGCAGUAACAUGAUGGAAUAUGUGAUUCUUAUAGAAUUCUUACCUAAAUAUCCUAUAUUCCGACCGGACUGAAGAGGCUGAUAUCAGACUGGACGCGUGGCCCUUGAAUCUUAUCCUUAGUGCCUUGUAUAUACAGUAUGUUGGAACAAGGGUCUGCUUCAGUGUCUCCCGUGACAACCCCGUACAUCUCCCGGUACCUUGUACAUUAGAAUUUGAAACACUGUCACUUUGCUUUAGAGCAGAUUUUGCACAUUUUACCCGACAGAGCUAGACAAGUCGCCCCGUUCGUUGCACUCAGAUGUGUUUUUGUUACGCGUAGGAAAACGCAAAGUGAAACUCUCAAGAAGUGCAUUUACCCCAAAGAACCAUCAACGUGUAUUCAAUCUGUUUUUAUCAGUAAUCCCUUGCAAAGAAUGUGAUGCCUCCACUUUCUGUCACUCUCCUUGCCUUAUAUAUGACUCAAAAUAAAGAAGCAAAUAUUUAUCUACAUGGAACUGAAAGAGGAAGGUGGUAGGUGAUCCAACAUGUCUGUAGACACAGAUGCUGCUGGUUUCCUGUCCUUGAAUCCAGUUCUUUGCAGGUAGAUGGGAUGGUUGAAGUUGCCUGAUGCACAGUGUACGUCAUCACCCCGUUUUGUCUUUACAUGAACCCUUUGUACAUGGGAAUUAGCUUGUACAAGAACUUGACCUGUAAAUACCAUGUUAGGAUAAGCUGUACAGUGGUAUAUCAUUGUUUACAUAAAGUUACUUAGUUCAUUAGGUUGUUCUUUUUUUUUGCCAAUAUAUUGCUGUACCAUAGUUUUUAUGAAUGAAAGAUGUCUAUGUACCUUUCUUGUUUAUAUGGACCUGUUUACCUUGUAAGCCAUAUAGUGACAGUGUGUCUGAUGCCAGAGUUAGGACUGAUUAUUGCACUUGGGCCCAGAGAAGAGUCAGAAUGUCAGAACUUCCUGAAUAUUUUCAUGGUGACAAAAGCGAUGCAUGUCACCAUGUUGGUUUUUGCCAAUGAAGAGCACUCAGUUACUCAUCAUCCGUUAAACAUGCAACGGUUGGAACAUUUUGUUUUGAACUCUGCACUUCAACAAUUUUGUAAAAAAAAAAACAACAAACAAAUCCCCCCAACCCCGCCAAUUUUGCAUUAAUUUUGUAGUUUUGUACUUUCCCUCGUGCCGUGUUGGGUCGUUAUUAUGUGUUAGGGAGCACAUCCAUCUCCAUGACAUGGCUCCUUUUGUUUCAGUUGUCAUAACCCGUCAUCGUAAUAUUUUCCAAAAUCAUAAUCAAGGGAGUUACUGUGUUGCAUUGUAUUAGUCUCUUGAGCCCUUAAAAGGUGAAAAUAGGGGGAAAAAAUACAGAAGUACAGGUUAAAAUCAAUUCUUCUGUGUGAAACAGGAGACUUCCAACCCUCCUACCAGUAUUGUUCCUGAUACAGUCCUUAUAAAUGUUAAUGAAGAUGACCUAUUUCCUCUGGAGAGA